UGAGCAAGGUCCUUUCGUUGAAAAUAACAACGAUCAAUUCUCGUGACGUAAAAUUCGUUGAUAAGUACUGGGAUGAUCUCAACCCUUCUGAAGUCAAGUUUAAAGAAACAGGCGGAUGGGCGACUGAAGGAUUGAGCGAUAAUGAUCAGAGCUUCGAUUUUCAAAAAGAACAACUUCUUUUCGGUGGAAAACUCAAGAACGAAUUUCCAGAAAACGAAAAUCAAAGGUCAAUCGUAAAAACUUUACGAGAUCAUGAAUUACCCGAUAAAUAUUUCGUCGAUGGUAUUUACGUGGGACCACUCGAAGAGCUUCCGCCUUACGGAAAGCUUUGUUAUCUGUCCGGCUACUAUACUGAACAAGUGGUGAACCACAUCACUAACGCGAUUAGCAUCAUCGAUUACACUACUGGAAUCCCAGUCGGGAGAUGGUUCCAUAGAUCCUUCUCACUAACAAGCUGGAUGGGACUUGAGGGUCGUGAUGUUCGCGAUCAAAGUGUAAUCGAGUAG